AUGGGGCACCUAGCCCAUUUUGCUGAUGUGCGUGCCUCCAGACUAGAGCUUGCGGUUCCUGGGAUCAUUGAGAUAGCUCUCACCACUGCUUUGAUAGCUCUUAGAUAUUCUAUUGAUCCCCUCACGACAAGUAUAUUGGUGUGUGAGAGAGGUCAAGGACCCACUCAUGAGGUGAUGUUCUUAAAGGCCGCGAUUGCAGAGUUAAGGAAAGAUGUGGACCAACUGAUGUCCACUAAUAUGUCGAUGAUUUUUGGGACCGUGGAGAUCCCAGAAGACCUGGGCACAGAUAUUCCAGUCUGUUCUGAUGUGCCCCCGGCUACCACCGAAGAUGAGGUUAGAUCUAAUGAUGUCGUUACUGAGUCUGACGCCGAGACUAUUGAAGAGCAACAUGGUGUUCAGGAGGAGACCAUCUAUAUGGGCCUGACUAAGGUCGAGAAGACUAUGGUACAUUUGGUUGUUCAGACAUCUUUGAGGGAUACCUCUGUGGAAGGCUCUAGUGGAGGUAAUGAGGAUGAGACACAGGGCACUGAUGCCCAACCCAGAGUGUGA